AAAGUCAAUGUUCUCGAAAUACAGUUCAAAAUACUUUAUUUGAUAUUCGAUGCGAAGAUGGUUUUGUGUUCGUCCUGCUGCUAUUACCUCGACCUCCGUUGGGGCUGCUUUUGGUCCGGAGUCGCAAUGAUCCCGUACUAUACGCUCAUGGCAUUUCUGAUGUUCGAUGAUCUCGAAGAAUCCCAUGAAGCCCUCGAUGAAAACAUGGACGCUCGUCUGGAAACUCACGGCUUUUGGGUGCUGGGCAUAACAUACACAAUAAUGGGUAUACUCUCUUUUCCUCUGCUCUUUGCUGGCCUGCUGAAUAUCUCCUGGCUUUGUGUCGCUUUCCUUGUGUUGCAAAUACCACCGGUCUUGGUGAAUUGCUACUAUCUUUUGGUGGCCAUUAUGUAUGGCAUUGAACUCGAAACGUUCAUCACCUAUGGAGUGCCUCAGGUAUUAGUGAUCUACAUCGAUCUGGUGGCAUAUUCUUAUCUAGAGGAGAAAAGGAUCAUUGCCAACAACCGAAAAUAUGAGGCUGAAGAAGUCCCAGUAGCAUAACAUUGAGGUUUUUCCAUUAGCGUAUGGCCAUAAGCUGCUUUCGGCAAACCAGUUAGCGAAUUCCCUUGGGGAAUCGUACGAUCAAAAAUUUACCAAAUUUAAAAUUAAAACCACAUACUAAAUGCUUUUUCCGGUAGAAUACACAAACAACAGCGAUAAGGUUGAGGCUCUCUGCCUGCAGAGAGAGAAAGAAAAAUGUCAAGAAAUAAAAACCAAAAUGAUUUAUCAUAAUGGGA